AUGGCACCCAUCGAAGUCAACGGCGGCGCAGCAGCCGAAAAGCCCUCGAAGCACAACAAGCUCGUCAUCAUCGGGUCCGGUCCCGCUGGACACACCUGCGCGAUCUACGCCGCGCGCGCGCAGCUCAACCCGGUCAUGUUCGAAGGCAUGCUCGCGAACGGAUUCGCCGCAGGCGGUCAACUCACCACGACGACGGACGUCGAGAACUUUCCCGGUUUCCCGGAAGGGAUCCGCGGACCGGAAAUGAUGGACCUCUUCCGUGCCCAGAGCCUGCGAUUCGGCACGACGAUCCACACCGAGACGAUUUCGCGCGUCGACCUCUCGAGUCGUCCGUUCAAGCUCUGGCGCGAAGGGAUGGAGCAAGAAGAGCCCGAAACGGCCGAGACGCUCGUGAUCGCCACCGGUGCAUCCGCACGCCGCAUGCACAUCCCAGGCGAAGAGACGUACUGGCAGAGCGGGAUCUCGGCGUGUGCGGUGUGCGACGGCGCUGUGCCGAUUUUCAGGAGGAAGCCGCUGGCGGUCGUUGGAGGGGGAGACUCGGCGUGCGAGGAGGCGAUGUACCUCACCAAGUACGCCUCGCACGUCUACAUGCUCGUCCGUCGCGACGUCCUCCGCGCCUCGAAAGUGAUGGCCAAGCGCGCCAUUUCGCACCCCAAGAUCACCAUCCUCUGGAACACGGUUCCGCUCGAAGCCAAGGGCGACGGCGAAGUUCUCACUUCGCUCCGUUUGAAGGAUACCAAGACGGGUGAAGAGCGCGAUCUCGAAGCGAAUGGGCUCUUUUACGCGAUCGGACACGUCCCCGCGACCGAGUUGGUCAAGGGCCAGCUCGAGUUGGACGAGGACGGGUACAUCAAGACCAAGCCGGGGACGACGCAGACGAGCGUGCCGGGUGUCUUUGCCGCCGGUGACGUGCAGGAUAAAAUUUACCGACAGGCGGUGACCAGCGCGGGAUCAGGGUGCCAAGCAGCCUUGGAAAGUGAGCGAUUUUUGAGUGAACACGACCAGGACGCGUAG